UUCACAACCACCCUAGCGCUCCUCACUUCUAUAUUUCCAGAGAGGAAAGAGCAAAUAAUGGGACACUGAGUAGUGCUGCAGCUUUGAAGAGAAAGCCUUUUUUUUUUCCUUUCCUGGAGGUGCCUUUGUUGUGGAAGUAAAUGCAACACAGCGUAGAUUGUGCAAAUAGAAAAGUGUGAGAUCUGCUCUUGCACGGGAGCUAUAGAGAGAACCGCAACACAAAAGCCAGUCCGGGAACUCCCAGCGAUGACUCCAAUCACUGUCGUCGGUGCACUUUUGCUCCUGCUCCACAUCUCAUCUCGAGAUGCGGAAGCACGAAGGCAGCUGAGACAAGUUUCCACUGGAAGCCAACCAGGUGUGUGUCGCUACGGCAGGAAGCUGGAGUGUUGCUAUGGAUGGAAGAAAAAUCGCAGAGGCCAGUGUGAGGCCCAGUGCGAGCCGGGCUGCAAGCACGGCGACUGCGUCGGGCCCAACAAAUGCAAGUGCUACCCGGGAUACACGGGAAAAACAUGCAAUCAGGAUUUAAACGAAUGUGGCUUGAUCCCUCGCCCGUGUGAACAUCGUUGCAUGAACACCCACGGCAGUUACAAGUGUUACUGCCUCAACGGGUACACUUUAUUGCCCGAUGGAUCUUGCGGAAAUUCCAGGACCUGCUCACUCGCUCAUUGUCAGUACGGCUGCGAGGAAGUUGAGGGGGAGAUUCGCUGCCUCUGCCCCUCGGUGGGACUGCGAUUGGCACCAGAUGAGAGGACUUGCGUAGAUGUCGAUGAAUGCGCUACCGGAAGCAACCUUUGUCCAUAUAACAGGCAAUGCGUGAACACAUUCGGCAGCUACUUCUGCAAAUGCCGCGAUGGAUUCGAUUUGAAAUAUGUCGAUGGCAAAUACGAUUGUGUCGAUCUGGAUGAGUGUGCAUCCAGCACCAACAAGUGCAGCCAUCAAGCUGUCUGUCUGAACACUCAAGGAUCGUACAAGUGCCGGUGCAAGUCAGGCUUCCGAGGCAAUGGCUUCGAAUGCUCCGUCAAGCCGUUUUAUCAGAGGUCAUGGAAUGGAAAGAGAGGCAGCGCAGAUCAUGUCCUCAAUGCUAUACCAGACUACGAAGAACGAACCGGAAAUCUGGGAGGUAAACUUGAGUACGAGGACAUCAAAAACAUCAUCCCUGAACCAGUUGUGACCCCACCUGAGAAAAUCCACCCGCAGUCUUUUGACUAUGAUGGAGAGCUACACACUGGUGAAUCAACUGUGGGGACACCAGUGGACAAGUUUUCUGAAGAAGAGGAAGAAGAAGAGGAAGACAACCAGCUCAAUCCGAGAGGAGAUGUUUUUACAGAGGACUUUGAAUCCGUUUUUGGUCCAGCCAAAGAGGUGAAACCGUUCGAAACAGCGCCGCUUCAGGAAGAGUUUAUCAUGGACUGCAAUUUUGACCAGGGAGCAUGUGAGUGGGUCCAAGACAAGACUGAUGACAUGGACUGGAGCGUAGCAUACCAUGGCAGAGGUGCUGAGUACUACAUGUCGAUGAGCGGUCCGCUAGGCAAGCAGGAGAACGUGGCCAAGCUCAAGUUGCUGCUCAGUGAUCGCACCACGCAAGGCAGCUUCUGUCUGACAUUCAACUACCGUGUCGUGGGUCACAACGUGGGAACGCUAAAAGUGCUGUUGGAUAACAACGCUUACCCGGUUUGGGAGCAGAGCCGCAGCAGGAAUCAGGAAUGGCAGAUGGAGCUCCUCACUGUGGCCUGGAAAGAAGAAGCACCACAAUCAAUCAUCUUUGAAGCUCAGCGCGGAAGAGGCGUUGGAGGGGAGAUCGGGCUCGACAACGUAGUCUUGACCUCAGGGCCGUGUCAAGAAGAUGAAUCUCAGAUCUUUUAAGAAUCACCUGUGUCAAAGACAUAUCAACAAUGUUUCAAAACCGUUCUUAGAAUCAGUGAUUGCAUAUUAGCUGAAAUGUCAUGGCCUGAUUUUUAUAAACAUCUCAAAACAUCGAAAGGCCAACACUUGGUCAUGUUCAGUCAUUAUGUAUAAUAGAUUGCUUUAAUUGAAAGAAAUAAAAUUGUCAUUUGAAACGUGAUGCUACAAAUAGAUUUUUGAAGACAGGCUAGUUUCUAUGAUUAAAAAAAAUCGUGCAUUACUGCUGUAAAUUCUGCUUUCACAUUUCUCUGUAGUUUUACAUUAAAUUUCUUGUUUUCUA